AGCUGUGAGGACAGGGUAUCAGGAAAUGACAGAAAACCUGAAUACGGAACUGAGGCAGCAGCUCAGAGUCUCUCGCUCUGAAGUGGCAGCACAGAGUGGGAGCCCAGUGACGACGACGUGAAAAGCUGGGAGCUUAGAGCAGACACUCGCACUACUGGAGAUGUGGAAGUCUGUAGUAGGGCAUGAUGUAUCUGUUUCUGUGGAGACCCAGGGUGAUGACUGGGACACAGACCCUGACUUUGUGAAUGACAUCUCUGAGAAGGAGCAACGGUGGGGAGCCAAGACCAUUGAGGGCUCUGGACGCACAGAGCAUAUCAACAUCCACCAGCUGAGGAACAAAGUGUCAGAGGAGCAUGAUAGUCUCAAGAAGAAGGAGAUGGAAGCAGGGCCCAAAGCAUCCCAUGGGUAUGGAGGUCGGUUUGGGGUGGAGAGAGACCGAAUGGACAAGAGUGCUGUGGGCCAUGAGUAUGUUGCUGAGGUGGAGAAGCACUCUUCUCAGACUGAUGCUGCCAAAGGCUUUGGGGGCAAAUAUGGAGUUGAGAAGGACAGGGCAGACAAGUCAGCAGUUGGCUUUGAUUACAAAGGAGAAGUGGAGAAGCACGCAUCUCAGAAAGAUUACUCUCAUGGCUUUGGAGGCCGCUAUGGGAUAGAGAAGGAUAAACGGGAUAAGGCAGCUCUGGGAUAUGACUACAAAGGAGAAACAGAGAAACACGAGUCCCAGAGAGAUUAUGCCAAGGGCUUUGGUGGUCAGUAUGGAAUCCAGAAGGACCGAGUGGAUAAGAGCGCUGUUGGCUUCAAUGAAAUGGAGGCCCCAACCACAGCUUAUAAAAAGACGACACCCAUAGAAGCUGCUUCUAGUGGUGCCCGUGGGUUGAAGGCAAAAUUUGAAUCUAUGGCUGAGGAAAAGAGGAAGCGGGAGGAAGAAGAAAAGGCACAGCAGAUAGCCAGGCAGCAACAGGAGAGAAAGGCCCUGAUAAAGAUGAGCCAUGAGGCUCAGCAGCCAGUGGACACUGUGGGAGAACCGGAGAUGCCAGCCCCAUUGCCCAAGAAAAUCUCUUCAGAGGCCUGGCCUCCAGCAGGGAGCUGUCCAUCAUCAGAGCCUGAGCCUGUGAGAACCAGUAAGGAACAGCCAGUGCCUGCCCUGCCCUUGAGGCAGAAUCCCCCAGAGGACGAGGAGCCCCCAGCUUUGCCUCCCAGGACUCCAGAAGGCCUGCAGCUGGAGGAAGAGCCAGUAUAUGAAGCAGAGCCUGAGCCUGAGCCUGAGAAUGACUAUGAGGAUGUUGGAGACAUGGACAGACAUGAGCAGGAUGGUGAACCAGAUGGGGACUAUGAAGAUGUGCUUGAAACUGAGAAUCCUUCUUGUCCCUCCACUCUGGCUGAAUCAUCUGGCUACCCAGCUGGGACUGGAGCAGGGAUCUCAGCUAUAGCCCUGUAUGAUUACCAAGGAGAAGGAAGCGACGAGAUUUCCUUCGAUCCUGAUGACAUCAUCACUGACAUUGAGAUGGUGGAUGAGGGCUGGUGGCGGGGACAUUGCCACGGCCACUUUGGACUCUUUCCUGCAAAUUAUGUCAAGCUCCUCCAGUAAAUGGCCCUCCCUGUCUUCUGCACUGUGACUUCCCAUGUCCAAAGUUGUUCUGCCUCCACCCAUGCCCCAUUCCUGCUGCAAGUGUCAUGAGUUGCCUAUAUUCUAGACAGACUUUCUUCUCCCUCUCCACUAGGGGUUGGGGCAGAGACAACAUGAAGAAGGGGUCUCCUUCCACUCAGUGUCCUCUCUACCCUAGAUGAGCUUAUGCACGUUUAUUUUGUGGUCCUUCCUCCUUCGCCAUGAAUGCUCCUUCAAAUACCCCAAGUUCUGCCUUGCUCCGUUUGUGAGCUCUGAGCUUCCUGGUUUGUUUAUAUGGGAAGGUAUGUCUAGAUUGCCUGGUUUGCUUGGCUGUGCUAUUUGCCCACUUUCCUUUUUUGUGGAGAUAAUUUUUUAAUCUUCUCUCUGUUCAGUUAAAUCAGAAAUAAAGUGGGACUAUGAUUCAUUUCUA